UCCACAGUAUCCUUGGUUUGUGUUGAACAUGGGUGGAAGCCCCUUUCAAUAUUAUUUUGGCUUUUUUCUGCUUUUGCUGGGUUUCAAAGCUGGGUUGGGAUCCAGUUUGAGGGUGGGUGAUGCUAAAGUUGGGUGCAUAGAGAGGGAGAGACAGGCUCUCCUUCACUUCAAACAAGGUGUUGUCGAUGACUAUGGAAUGCUUUCUUCAUGGGGCAAUGGGGAAGACAAAAGAGAUUGUUGCAAAUGGAGAGGAGUGGAGUGUAACAACCAGACAGGUCAUGUGAUCAUGCUUGAUCUUAGUGGCGGAUAUUUGGGAGGUAAGAUUGGUCCUUCAUUGGCAAAGUUGCAGCACUUGAAGCAUUUGAACCUCAGCUGGAAUGAUUUUGAAGGAAUUCUUCCCACUCAACUCGGAAAUCUUUCCAACUUGCAAUCCCUUGAUCUCCGCUAUAAUAGGGAUAUGACCUGUGGAAACCUUGACUGGCUUUCUCACCUUCAUUUGUUAACACACCUUGACUUGAGUUUUGUUAAUCUUAGUAAAGCAAUCCAUUGGCCACAAGCAGUUAAGAAAAUGCCUGCCCUAACUGAGUUAUACUUGAGUAAUACUCAGCUUCCUCCUAUUGAUCCAACAAUAUCCAUUUCCCAUAUUAAUUCUUCUACUUCUCUUGCUGUGCUCGAACUCUUUGAGAAUGAUCUCACUUCUUCAAUAUACCCUUGGUUGCUCAACUUCAGUAGCUGCCUUGUUCAUCUUGACCUCUCUAAUAAUCAUCUAAAUGGUUCAAUUCCAGAUGCUUUUGGAAACAUGACUACUCUGGCAUAUCUUGAUCUCUCUUUCAAUCAACUUGAAGGUGAGAUUCCAAAGUCCUUUAGUAUCAACCUUGUUACUUUGGAUCUUUCUUGGAAUCAUCUGCAUGGUUCAAUUCCGGAUGCCUUUGGGAACAUGGCUACUUUGGCAUAUCUCCAUUUCUCUGGGAAUCAACUUGAAGGUGAGAUUCCGAAAUCCUUGAGAGGUUUGUGUGAUUUACAGAUAUUAUCCUUGUCUCAGAACAAUCUCACUGGAUUGCUGGAAAAAGAUUUUCUGGCCUGCUCUAAUAACACAUUAGAGGUUUUAGAUUUAUCUCAUAAUCAAUUCAAAGGGUCAUUUCCCGAUCUUUCAGGAUUUUCACAGUUGAGAGAAUUACAUCUUGAAUUCAAUCAACUAAACGGAACUUUACCUGAAAGUAUUGGACAACUAGCUCAACUUCAAGUGUUGUCCCUUCGUUCAAAUUCAUUGCGAGGCACUGUCUCAGCAAACCACCUUUUUGGUCUCUCCAAACUGUGGGACUUGGACUUAUCAUUCAACUCCCUUACAGUCAACAUAAGCCUUGAGCAAGUUCCCCAGUUUCAAGCCAUAGAAAUAAAGUUGGCCUCUUGCAAAUUAGGCCCACAUUUUCCUAAUUGGCUUCGAACUCAAAAACAUUUGUCUAUGCUUGAUAUCUCUGCUUCCGGAAUUGCAAAUGUCCUUCCCAAUUGGUUUUGGAAAUUUACUUCACAUUUGUCUUGGUUUAACAUUUCCAACAAUCACAUCUCAGGCACUUUGCCCAAUUUAACUUCACACCUAUCUUAUCUGGGAAUGGAUAUAAGUUCAAAUUGCUUGGAAGGUUCAAUACCACAAUCUCUUUUCAAUGCUCAAUGGUUGGAUCUCUCCAAGAACAUGUUUUCAGGCUCAAUUUCCUUAUCGUGCGGGACUACUAAUCAGUCUAGUUGGGGUUUGUCUCAUCUCGACCUCUCAAAUAAUCGACUGUCAGGAGAACUACCUAAAUGUCGGGAGCAGUGGAAGGAUUUAAUUGUCCUUAAUUUGGCAAAUAAUAAUUUUUCUGGGAAAAUUAAAAAUUCGAUCGGCUUGUCAUAUCAUAUGCAAACAUUGCAUUUACGUAACAAUAGUUUAACUGGAGCACUACCUUGGUCCUUAAAGAACUGCAGAGAUUUGCGUCUUCUAGAUUUGGGAAAAAAUAAAUUGUCAGGAAAAAUACCUGGAUGGAUUGGAGGAAGCCUGUCAAAUUUGAUUGUUGUUAACCUAAGAUCCAAUGAAUUUAAUGGAAGCAUACCUUUAAAUCUGUGUCAACUGAAAAAGAUUCACAUGUUGGACCUUUCAAGCAACAAUCUAUCUGGUACUAUACCAAAAUGUCUCAACAAUUUAAGUGGCAUGGCUCAGAAUGGGAGUUUGGUCAUUACUUAUGAAGAAGAUUUGCUUUUUCUUAUGUCACUCUCGUAUUAUGAUAAUACACUGGUUCAAUGGAAAGGAAAAGAAUUAGAGUACAAUAAAACUCUUGGACUUGUGAAGAGCAUUGAUUUUUCGAAUAACAAGUUAAUAGGAGAAAUUCCGACAGAAGUAACUGAUUUGGUAGAAUUGGUGUCAUUGAACUUAUCAAGAAACUAUUUGAUUGGACCAAUCCCUUUGAUGAUAGGUCAAUUGAAAUCGUUGGAUUCUCUUGAUCUGUCACGAAAUCGACUUCAUGGUGGAAUCCCUAUCAGUCUUUCUCAAAUAGCUCGUCUAAGUGUUUUAGACCUAUCGGAUAACAUCUUGUCAGGUAAAAUUCCAUCAGGUACUCAAUUACAAAGUUUUAAUGCCUCCACAUACGAUGGAAAUCCAGGACUUUGUGGGCCACCACUUUUGAAAAAGUGUCAAGAAGAUGAAAAUAGGGAAGUCUCCUUCACUGGUCUUAGUAAUGAAGAGGACAUUCAAGAUGAUGCAAAUAAUAUAUGGUUUUAUGGAAAUAUUGUUCUUGGAUUCAUCAUCGGAUUUUGGGGAGUUUGUGGAACUUUACUACUCAAUAGUUCAUGGAGAUAUGCCUAUUUCCAGUUCUUGAGCAAGAUAAAAGAUUGGUUGUAUGUGACAACAACAGUAAAUAUGAAUAAAGUACGAAGGAGCCUCCACAAUUAAAUGAACUUCAAUUGGAUGGCAUCUCAAGGAUUAAUAGGUGAUAUAUGCUUGUGAGUAAUAGGUUAUUCAGUACGAGACAACUUGAAUGUAAGAGUAUUUGUGUCUAUUGAACUUGUCUAUCUUCUAAAUAACUCUAGCAUGUAUUAAGUUUGUUUAUUUGAUAGUCGGUGUGGCUUAAGUUUCUUAUGUUAUGCUCUGUUUAAAGCUUUUCAAACAUAUUAUUUUUGCUAUAUCAUAUGUAAGGUUUGGUGCUCUAUAAUUGAUUUAGUAAUUUGUUUUAAAUUUUUUUAUUUCCUUCAUAGAUUCAAAUGUAUUAGAGGAAGAUAUCAAGUCCUUUGUGGUGCAAUGCUAGAAAAUAGUUCACUUAAUAAAAAAAAAAACGUUUUCUUUUGCUCAAAAAUUAUUAGCAACUAAAGCCAUAGUAUCAAAUGGGACAUGGUAAGGCUAAGAACAGAAACAGAACACUCUGUUUCUCUGGUGCUCAAGCAUGGAAGUUAUUAUAAUUGAGAGAGACAGCUGGUCAGAAUAAAACAAAAUUCAAAACAUGGUGUUUCUCACAAUGCCUAUAGAGGCUUCAUCCACUGAGAUUCCACAGCAGGUAGCCGUCAAAAACCCUUCUGUUGAGUAGGAGAAAAGAAGCUCCAUACUUCUCAGGACACACAGAACAACACCUUGGGUAGAGACCUUGACCAUGCUUGCAGAAUUGUGUUUUCGGAGCAGCAAUCAGAAGUAUGAGAGGCUUUAUAUUUGGGAACAAUCCUCAUGCAUUCUCCUCAUUCAAUUUAUCAUUGUGACUGAGAUGACUACAUGUUGAGGUUUGAUCAAUUCUAGGAAGGUGACUGGUAAUCAUAAAGCAUUUACCAACCAUUCUUGAAUACAUGCUUAUGUCAUUAGCAGGAUGGAACUGCAAGUGGUCAUUAAUUAAGCAACAAAAAUGGCUGGUAAGAUUCUGUGACAUUGAUUGUAUAUAUUCCAAUGUUUUUUAUUUGAGGUUAAAUUCGGCUUUUGUUUUUUUAUUUUUUAAUUCGCUACUGCUUACAUACUUCUUGUAUAUGAACAGGCUAAUUGUUCAUGUCAUUGAAUUCGGCAAUAUUUUCUUGUUGUUUGGGGCUUAGGUUUCUGUUCAUUUUUUCAUUAUUAUGUUUUUAUGUUUUGUUUUUAUGACUAAUCCCAUGCCACACGGUAAGCAAGCGUUCACAGAGAAUGACUGGAAAUUUGUUCAGCUUGGGCUUGCUCUAUUUUAGAACAUUUUAGCUAUUCAAGACAUCUUGUUGCAGUAGAGGGCUGGGAGUCUGCAUGCCACUCAAUUUUUAUCUCUGAGUAACCAAUUUUUGGAGCUGUUAUUCUUCAUUGAUUUAGAAGAUGAGCUGUUAUUUUUGGGGAAAUGCUGUGUGAUAAUACACAAUAGUAUGAAUUGGUAUAUGGUACUACUGAAAACAGAGCACUCUGUUUUUAUGGUGCCCAAGCAAGAAAGCUAUUGUCUCACAGUGAGGUCUGAUUUCCAACUGUGAAUCAAAUUGCUCGAGGUACUUUAUAUGCAGAUUGUUGCAAGUCACUUUGGUCAUCAAUCACCUUCAGGGGAUGAUGAUGAUGGGAAUUGGAUCAGUCAUGCCAAGACUAACAAUGGAAAGUUUGUUACAAAUUUUUUGUUUCUGUAGUUUUUUCCCAUUGUACCUCCUUUUUAUUUAAUAUUGAGAUUGCAGUGAAGGUUUGGGUGUUUGUCACAAUGCCUGUCGAGGUGCCAUCAGAUGAUAUUUAAUGACAGAUAGGGUAUCUAUGAGGGUUGAAGUCUCAUUAUAUGCGGCAACACAGUUCAUGAUAUUUAAUGACAGAAUGGUAAACGAACUUCAUAUAUAGUUUUUUCCCUUCUCAUGGGUUCAUUUGUAAGUGUCCCAAUUUUCAAACGGAUGAAUAAUGAUCAGGAGUUCGCCUUACCUCUUGGGAUCUAUGUUGACACAUCCAUCUCAAAUUUCACUAUUUACAUUUUCUUUUGGGAAGUUUUUAUUGAGGACAGAAUAAUAAAUUUGCAUAUAGCUCUGUGAUAUCUGUCUAACCAUUUUGGCUUUUCCAUUUUGCAGAUUUGCAUGUCAGAUUUAGAGCUUAAACUAUCACUGGAAGAUUCUAAAGAGCCUCAAACAGCUCACAUCCAUCUUUACAAGUUCUUUUAUGAUCAGACUGAUCGAGGGUUGACUCAUUUUCUCUUGAAUCUGAUCAAAUCCUUCGGCUCUCAUACCAACCCAAAAGAUUUGAUAGGAAUGAUAUAUAUAGUUGUACAGCUUAUGAAGAAUCUUCAGGCUCAUGGCACGUUAAGGGUUUCUAUAAAAUCCAAAAAGGGGAGAAAGAAGAAAACAUUGAGUGACAAGAAUGAAAAUGUAGAAGAACAUGGAGAUCAUGCUGUCAUUCAGAACGAAAUUGGUGUCUCCAAUUGUGGACAAUCUGCAGAUCUGAACAUGUCACAGAAAGAAGCUUAGAAAAUUUGAUUUCUGAUGAGAAACAAGAAGGAUUCGUACAGAUUGAGGAGCCUGAAAUACCUUUGCAUGGGACAGGAAGCCUUGGAGGCAGUCUGCCACAUAUGGAUGUCCAAAAGACCAAACAUACUAUUAACGAUCUUCACAUUAUGGAACUGAUGAUUCUUCAGGUGGUGAGCAGGCAGCUGUGCUUGACGAAGUUGAUUUUAAGGUGUCUACGUUGGUUUCUGCCUUGGCAAAUAACCAUGUUAUCCAAAAUUUAUGUUGGCUGCUUAAAUUUUAUAAGAGCAAUUCCACCAGGACAAAUCGCUACAUUAUAUGCAUUUUGCGGAAGAUCUGUGAUGAUUUGGAGCUCUCUCAAAUGCUAUACCAGUUAUCACUCCUCACCAUAUUCUACAACAUCCUAUGUGAGCAGAAGUCAUGUCCAUUUUGAAGAAAGAAAGUGGAAAAUGGGGAAAUUUUUCAAGGCAUGGAGAAAUCGGCUCAACACAAGGCAAGGGAUGGAUGGACAGAAGUAUAGCAAAUGCACUUGGGGAGGAUGAAGCUGAUGUUGUGAUCUCUCAUGAGCCUGUCUAUCAAAAAAAUGAUAAUUUUAGUGAGGUGGAGGAAGGCAUCACUCCUAUUUCAAGUAGUGAAAUCGAAGGGAAGAGGAAUUCUGCUAAUGCGGGGCAUUAUGUGGAACAUGAGUUUCUAAAAGAAAGAGAAGGCUUGUUCUCAGUGCUGAGGUGGAGUAAAACACAAGGAUCUAUAUAAGAAAUUCAAAGAUGAUAGACAUUGUAGCCCUCUCAUCGCCGAAGCCCUUGAUCCUGAUUGUAAAGUUUCUCCAGUCCGAGUUUCCAAUAAGCUUAAGCAGUUAGGUUUGAAAAUUGCACCAAAGAAAAGGAUGCUCCAAGUUGAUGUAGCUUUGUCUAAUGGCUCCAAUCAAAUUAUGGAAGAAGCUAGAGCAGUUGGAGAAAGAAGUGCUGUCUUGUUUAAUUUGCUCCAACAAUGUAGAGGGAAGUUUAGUGAGGUUUAAAGACCACAAAAGGUCCACUUACAUGAUUGCAAGUGCUCUCAAUGGUGAUGAUACACUCACAGCCACCAUAGUUCCCCAUAAACUUAAGCAACUUGGCUUACAUGUUCCAUGACAAAAAAGAGCUGAAGGCAGCAUGCAUUUGAGAGAUGAGGAUCGAUCUUAGUGACUUCAAAUACAACCAAAGCAUAGGAUUUUGAUGAUGAAACAUUGUUGUCAUUAAGAAAAAGGAUAUAUUUAUACUUUGGGUGGUACUACAGUUAAUUGGAUAUCAAAGUUGCAGAAGAUAGUUUUACUUUCUACUACUGAGGCAGAGUAUGUUGUAGUGACAGAUGCUAACAAAGAGAUGAUGUGGUGUAGUCUUUCUUGGAAGAAUUGGGUCACAAGUAUGAGUGAAGUGUGUUACAUUGUGGUAGUCAGAGUAUUUGACAAAGAAUGUUGUUUAUCAUGCUAGGACAAAGCACAUACAGGUUCGAUAUCACUUCAUAAUAUCAACUUUGGAAGAUGGAGUUUUAAUACUCUAGAACAUUUAAGGGAAUUGAAAUCCAAUUGAUAUGUUCACAAAAAUUGUAACGAUUGAGGAUUUGGAGUUGUGCACACCAUCAAUUGGACUUCUUGGCUAAAGAUUGAGAAGUUGUAGUUGCUACAAGUGGAGACAAUUGAUGAUGGAUUAGUCUCCAAGUGGGAGAUUGUUAAGAUAUAUGAAGCCUAAUUAUUAUUCUAAUAAUAAGGGUAUUUUAAGUUAGGGUAUUUUGGGGAUUUUACACUUGAUUUGGUUGCCUUAUUUAUAUUAUGUUUAGGGCAGCCAAAUUUGAGGGAAAGUUUUAUUUUUUGGGGUAUUGAGAGAUAGAAAAUCCUAGAGGGUGAGGUGUUUUAGGAUUCUCUUGUACACUCUUUUCAUCAUAGUGAA